CAAACCAAACCCUUGACCCUCCCAUGCUGUGUAUAUGAACAUGCUUGUUUUGUCUUCUCAAAUAAGCAGCUGUGAUGUCUUUUUCUUCUCAAAUACGAUGCAUAGUAUAAUAAUGCAAGUAAUGGUGAACCACGUGCUUAAAUUUCUGAUGAAGAACAUCAGGUGCAGACUUUUGGGUGCAGUGUUGGCUUUGGUGCUUGUUCACAUUCUUUUGUUCUCUACUUUCUGUGUCCGCCAUGACCAGAGAUUUUCAAGAGACACAUUUCUUUCUAGGAAGUUGCUGUCUUCAUCAUCAUCAUCAUCAUCUUCUGAUUCAGCUUCCAGAAGUGAAAGAAAACUAAGUGGAAACAAGAAACAGACCAAGAAAGCUGUGGAGCCAAGCUUGAGGAAAGCACCAUCAAGUGUUCCAAAUCCAACACAGAACAAGUAGGAUUUCACUUUUCUUCUCAAGAUCUAAUCAAUGAAGAAUCCAUUGUUAGGUUUAUGUGAUUUCAUAUAUAUUUUCCCUUUAGUUCGUCUUUUUCUAUGUUACACAUCAUUUUCCUUCUCUUCAGAUUUAAUUGUAAUACCGUUGAAAGUUUUGUUAGAGUUUUUACUAGAGAAAUUUACAGUACUGUAUAAGUGGAUAUGUAAAUCUGUUUUUAUAAAUUGUCAGUUUUAUAAAAUUAAGUUAGACGUAAAAUUUAUGUUUUGUGUGUAAGAAGAUGAAAAAAAAAUGUAUUUAAGUGUAAUAUAGUUAAACUAGUGCAGUAAGAAGCAUUUUUCCUUGUAAAGGGUAGAAAUUUAAUUCCCUGU